GUGAUGUGUGUGUGUUACUGAAAAUGGCCGUGUACGUGCGGGUCCGUCUAGUUUACUGAUUUCAUGCACGAUAUUUUUCACAUUCUUUUGAAUACUCGGAUUUUGGACAGUGGAUCUAUUUGAUGAUACGUGCAGUUAAUGAGAACGUGGAAUCGAAAGAUUUUGGUGGAUUAUCGAUGAUACAUGUAAGUCGAGACGAAGUGUGCCUGUUUCGUGAACGGUGGAUCACGAAAAGAGAAGCUUGAUAUAUUAGAGGUGGAAAUAUAAAACUAUCAAUGAUGGGUUUCGUUUUUUGUAUUUGUGUUAUUAUUUAUUUAAACAAUAUAUUUGCUAAUUGAUUAUAUGUUGUCAAGAUGUGGGAGAGGUUUGAUAUAAUUCCCUGGUAUAAAGCAGGGAUAUAAGCAAAAUAUAUCUUUUAGAAUGUUUUCUAUUCUAAUAGAAAAUAUAUUAAAAUAAUGAAAAUUAUGCAAAUGCAUACAUAAGAGGAAAAUAAUUUUGUGCACAUUAUAAUAAUUUCAUAUAACAAUGAAUUAUUUAAGUGUUGUAUAAGAUUUAUAUUUAACUUCCACAUAAGGUAUAUAUUUGUUGUUAAAUGAUAAAUAUUAUUGAGUUUUAUGACAUAAUGUAAUAGAAGUAUAACUUUUAUACAUGCAAAUAUAUUAAAUAAGAAUUGCAAAAAUGUCAUUCUUAUCAAAUUUAAAAAAAGCAUUCCACUUUGGUGGAAAUGAUGCGAAGAAAAAGAAAUUGUACAAUAAUAUUAAAAUGGAUUGCAAUCCAGAAGAAUUCUGGGAAAUGAUAGGUGAACUAGGAGACGGGGCAUUUGGAAAAGUUUAUAAGGCACAGCAUAGACAAACUCAUCAGCUUGCUGCUGCAAAAAUGUGUGCAUUGGAAGGAGAAGAUGAUCUUAGUGAUUUUAUGAUCGAAAUAGAUAUUUUAUCAGAGUGUAAACAUCCAAAUGUUGUUGAAUUACAUGAAGCAUAUUUUAUUGAGAGCAAACUAUGGAUGUUAAUAGAAUAUUGUGAUGGUGGUGCUGUUGAUUCUAUAAUGGUUGAAUUGGCAAAAGCUUUAACGGAACCACAAAUAGCUUAUAUAUGUCAACAUAUGACCAAAGGUCUUGCAUUUUUACACAAAUCUAAAGUUAUUCAUAGGGACUUGAAGGCAGGAAAUGUUUUAUUAACAAUGGCAGGAGGAGUAAAGUUAGCUGACUUUGGAGUAUCUGCAAAAAAUAAGCAUACUUUACAAAAACACGACACAUUUAUUGGAACACCAUAUUGGAUGGCUCCAGAAGUAGUGUUAUGUGAGACAUUUAGAGAUAAUCCUUAUGAUUUUAAAGUAGACAUUUGGUCGCUUGGUAUUACCUUAAUAGAAUUUGCGCAAAUGGAACCACCAAAUCAUGAAAUGUCUCCAAUGCGCGUUCUUCUUAAAAUACAAAAAAGCGAUCCACCAAAACUUGAUCAACCUGGAAAAUGGAGCAAAGAUUUUAAUGAUUUUAUUGCAAAAGCUCUUAUAAAAGAUCCAACAUCACGACCUACAGCUGAUGAAUUGUUGAAACAUUCGUUCAUAAAUCGUAAUUUGGAUUCAAAACCGAUCAGAGAUUUAUUAUUGGAAUAUAAAGCUGAUGUUGUUGAGGAGGAAUUGGUCGAUGAAGAAACAGAGGAGCAGCGCACAUCUCAGCUUCGUCUGGAACUGGAUCAACUCGGAGAUGACUCUGCGUCUAUGCGCAGUGACGCUGAUGUUCAGAUUUCUGAAAAAGAAAAUCUUAUUGCAUCACCUGUGUCAGCGAAAAAGGAAGAAAGCCAUAAACGAGAGAUUAAUAGAGAUGGUGAAAAGGAGGAUAGAAACAAGAAAUUACGUAAAGCAGAAUCAAAAGACAAUAUACUUGUUUCUGCUGAGAAAAAACAAGCACCUAAACCUCCUAGUACAAACGAAACGAAUGAACGUAGAGUAUCUCGAGAAAAAGGACCUGCGCCUCCUCCACCGCUUAUGCGUCAAAAUAGUAAAAUUGAUGAUAAAGAAAAUAAUUUAAAGAAUACAGAUAAACAAAGUGACGUAGAAGUAUUAAACGAAUGCAAGAUUACUGAUAAACAGCAAAGAGAUAAAAAUGAAUUGUCUCAGUUAGAUCAAGAAAUGGUAGGCAAGGGGCAAACAAACGUAGACACGGUUUCCGAAAAAACAAAUGUACUAGCUAGCUUAGAAAAGAUUGUAUCAGAGAAUAAUGAAAGGGAAAAGAAUAAAAUAGAUGAUAUGAACAGAAGUAAUAUCAGGCAAAGAUCUGUAAAUGAUAGGACAAACUUAUCAUCGAGAACACAAUUGUCAUUAGAAGAGAAACGGAAAUCGGCACCAGUUAAAUUAGAAUUGGUUGAAGACUGGACGAAACCAAUAUUUAACAAACAAUCGUCUUUAGAAGAAAAGAACAGAAUUGAAAAGAAAACACCAAUUGAUAUACAAAUUAAAAGACAAUCUUCAGGAGAAGAAAAUUACAAGAGUUUACAAGAAAAACGAAAAUCUGUAGAGCAAAAAUUAAAUGCAGUUUUAGAGAAACGAUUUUCAAUGGAUACUGAAAUGCAUAUGAGUGUUUCUUCUAUAGGGACAUUAUCUCAACGAGAAACUUUAAUUACAAGCGCCGAAAAGAAUAUUAUUAAAGCUUGUUCUACUGAAGAUGUUAAAACUGAUUAUGGAAUGUCUAAAUCAGAAUCUGUUGUUAAAAGUCAUAGCGAAGGAUCUUCUAGACAUGUUUCUUUAGAAAACUUUUCCGAUGAAUUUGACGGAAAACGGGAUAACAAAUGUCGAAAUAAAGAAAAUGCAAUAAGUAACAGCGAUAGCGUAAACUCUGAGGGAAAAGAUUCUUCCGUAAAUGUAUCAGUAAUCACAUCAACUCCCAUUAAAUAUGCUUUGAGAAGAGAUAGUGCUGACAAUGUAGUCGUCAUUACUGGUAAACCUGACCAAGAAGUACGUCCGAACACAUCAACCGUCCGAAUCACAGCAGAUAGUCCAGAUUUAUCGAAUAGUCUAGCGAGCAACGUUAGUCAAGUAACUGUUGUAACAACACAUCCUCCGGUUCUUGUCGAUGCUGUAUCACUGGCAGCGAAUUCUUCUUGUCGUCAACCACCAACAUCGGAAGUUGUUAUUGUUGCGAAUGAAUUGAAUAAAACACAAGUGAAUGAAAGCUCAACCGAUGACGAUGGAUUUACUAGUUUAGAUAGUUUAGAGUAUAUGCCUCAGGAGCAACCGAUAAUUCUCACAGAUGUCUCUAAAAGAGUUGGCAAAAAGCUAGACGAAUCCGAAGUCCUCAUUGUAAGUCCGAUCGUAGACGAAUUACAGGAUACUAGUCAUGUUUCUGUUGUUACUGUCGGUGAUGAUAAGGAACAGGUGAAAGAUUCUUCAAUAAUUAAUAAACAAGAAGCCGUACGAACUUCUUCUUCUCACAGUGACGCAAGUUUAAUUGAAAUGUCGAGUACAAAAAGCGAUAGCGGGGAUGAAAUUAACAAAAUGAUAGUCGCCGGGACGACUAUAGAAUCCAUAGAUGAUGUGGAGAGAAAUUCGAAAAAAAUGAAUGGUUUAUUAAAGAACGAUAAAUCUACAAUUGUCGGCCGUAUCGAUGAAAAAAUGUUAAAAACGCUUAAACAAAAAGAAGUGAAUAAAGGAUACAAAGAAAAAAGAGUAUCUCCAGACAGCUUCGAAGGAUCUAGAUCUCAGAGUGAAUCUGGAUCGACAAGGUCGCAUACGCCUAGUAAAAGCAUAGAUCGUUCUGAUGCUGAAUCAAUUUCUACUACGAUAAGUCAGGAUAGCAGGGAAUCUAGCAAGGAAAAUCAUUUAAGUCAGGGGCAAUCCACAGAAGUAGACGAGGAAGUAGUAUUGCGACGAAAGCCUGAUUACAAUCGUGACAUACCACGACCAACAAGAACGAAAGAGGACAUUCAAAUGAUGAAUUUGAAGAAAAAGACAAGAAAACGAACUAGAAAAUUUGAGAUCGAUGGUGUUGUAGUUACCACGACAACGUCAAAGGUAAUUUAUGGCGAUGAUGAAAAUGGUAAAGUUUACGAUGACCAAAUCUUUAGGAAGCAAGAGUUAAGGGAAUUAAAAAUGCUGCAGAAAAUGGAGCAGAAACAGUUUCAAGAUUUAUCACAGAAGGCACAGUUCAAUAAAGACCAACAAGAGAAGCGUUUUGAGCAAGAAAGACAACUUUUGGAAAGAACUGCUGAAACUGACCUCGAGACACUUGCUCGACAGCAGAGACAACAGAUCGAACGAGCGGAAGCACAGCAGGAGGCUGAUCUCAGGCUUGCUUCAAAAAAGAUUCGUAGUGAGCAAGAAAGAGAAUUGAAACAGUUCCGUGAAGGAUUGAAACAGGAACUAAAAUUACUUAAACAAGAGGUAGAUUUAAUGCCGAAAGAUAAGAGGAAGAGUGCAUUUAAGAUACGCAAAGAAAAAUUGGAGGCCGAACACGAAGAAAGAGAGAAACACUUUUUAGAUAAGCUCAAUGAAAGUCAUGAACUAUUGUUGAGAAGAUUGUCUGAUAGUCAUCGUGAAAAAAUUGCGUUAAUGGAAAGACAAUUUUUGCAGCAGAAACAACAAUUGAUGAGAGCUCGAGAAGCAUCUAUUUGGGAGCAAGAAGAACGGCACAUUCAUGAAAAGCAACAAUUGUUGAAAAAACAGUUGAAGGAUAUUUUCUUUUUGCAAAGACAUCAAAUGCUGAUACGUCACGAAAAGGAAUUGGAACAAAUGAAGAGAAUGAAUCAACGAAAGGAGGAGGAAUUGAUUAAACGACAAACGGUGGAACGUAGAAAUUUGCCGAAAAGAAUUCGCAACGAGAUGAAGGCACGCGAAAUGAUGUUCAGAGAAUCUAUGAGGAUUUCCAUGUCGUCUGUUAUCGCGCCAGAUCCUGAUGCUGAAAGAGAGAAAUUAAAGAAGUUUCAAGAGAACGAGAAGAAACGAUAUAGAGCCGAACAGCAAAGAUUUGAACUAAAGCAUUCGCGUCAACUAGAAGAGGUAAGAGCGCAAAGCGAUGCCACAAUCAAAGAAUUGGAACAAUUGCAGAACGAAAAGAGGAAGAUGUUGAUGGAACACGAAACAUUGAAACUAAAAGAAUUGGAAGAGGCAUACAGUAAAGAGCUUCGUGAAUGGAAAGCCCAACUCAAGCCACGAAAGCAGAAGUUAGAGGCUGAGCUGACGGCUGAAAUGGAAGUAUUGGAAGUUCAUUACCGAGACUAUUUGCCCUCGAGUCGUAGUGGUUUCUCUUCUCCCCCUUUAUUUGUAGAUUAUUCUCUCUUUAAUUUUGAAAGUUGGAAGAAAUCUCCGCGUUUGCCCCGCUCAACUCCAACAUCUCCUUCCCCAUUUACCAUUCCACGGGUGUCUCUAAGAAUUGGUGGUUCGGACACCGGUUCCAUUAAUGGCAUGCUACCACGAAGUCAAUCCAAACCAGACCUGACACCAUCUCCGUCUCGUAGAUAGUAUUCCGAAUAUUCUGUUGUGUCUCCUUCCAAAUGUUUUCGUUGUUCGUUGAGAGAAGUUUCGAAAUAAACUUAUAACUUAUCGUAAUCCGUUCAUUUAUUUGAUGUCUUUUUUUAAUUAACAUUUAUCUCAGAAGACAAAUUUCUCAUUUAAUAUUUUUUCAGCUACUUUCUUACUAUUUAUUUUUUAUUUCGAAGUUUCUCUUAUUUAAUUAUGCUUUGUGCAUUUAAGGGUAACAUGCCCGCUUUACUCACCAUUGCUUCCAUUAUUUCGCAAUAUUUAUCGUUUGUUUAAAUACUGUAUACAUUUAUUACUGUAUAUGUAUAUACGUAUACGUAUACGUAUACGUAUGAGUUUGUCUCUCCCCUGCCCACAUAUAUACAUAUGUACAUUUAAUAUAUUUUUGCGUAACCAAUUUUAAGAAAAAAAAUAUAUAUAUGUUAUUUGGGCUUAUAGUUAAUAACAUUUGAAUGAUAAAGUAAUCAGUAUAAUUAAUUUAUAACAUGAGUUUUGUUCGCGAUUCUUGAAAAAAGAUCAACAAACACGUUUUUGCCAAUUGAUAAGAGCUUGUUAUUAUUAACUGUUAGAUAAAGUGUAUAGCUAUAUUUUUCUAAGCUAUAAUUGAAAUAUUAAAAAAUAAGUUUAAAUUAUGAUGUCGUAGAUUUAUUGUCCAUAUGGAAAGUAUUUCGUGAAAUUUUUCAUCACAGAUAAGGAAAGUACCACAGGAUAUCAAUUUGACAAUCAUUAAUAUUGAUAGAAUAUUAACAAGCCAAUUAUUAAUAUAUAUUUUUAGCGAAAUAGAUUGGUACAUAUUUUACACAGAUUCUAUAUUUAAUUAUAGACAUUUAUCGUAUUGUAUUAUCGAUAAUACAUGUAAGUGCCGUGUUUCGAUAGCAGCUUUUCGAUGGUUAUUAAAUAAAAUCAUAACAGGGUGAAUCGGUGAUAAUUAUGGGCUAUAUGUUGUAUACUUACCGGACGUAGUAAAAUGUGCGGUAAAUGCUUAUACACAUCAAGGGUUCUCAUAUAAGUGUUUCCAAUGUAUAUGUUAGAUUAUGUUGUUCCCACUUUUAUUACGUACCUCUUUCAUUAAGAAUCCAACAUACAACAUGUCGGGAAAGAGAUUCCACGACUGGAUAUCAGAACGAUCUACUAGGUAAUAAA